AUGCUCUCCCACUUUCGUACGGCGGGCCGCAAGAUUGUAGCGAUCGGGCGCAACUUUGCGGAUCAUGCCAAGGAGCUGAACAAUGCGGUACCUACGGAGCCGUUCUUCUUCCUGAAGCCAACGUCGAGCUACAUUACAUCGGGCCAGCAAAUCGAGAUUCCCAAAGGGGUUGUCGCGCACCAUGAAGUCGAGCUCGCGGUCGUGGUCGGGCAACAAGGCCGUGAUAUCAACGCAAACCAUGCGAUGGAACACGUCGGUGGCUACGGUGUGUACCUUUUUCUACUUACAGCAGCACUCGCGAUUGAUAUGACGGCGCGCAACAUGCAAGACAAAGCGAAGAAAGCUGGCCUGCCAUGGUCAGCAGCAAAAGGAUUCGAUACCUUCACACCGAUCAGUGCGCUCGUGGACAAGCAUGCAAUCCCCGACCCGAUGAACGUAAACCUGUGGCUCGAAGUCAACGGCGAAACCCGCCAGCGAGGGAAUACGUCCGAUAUGAUUUUUGCAAUCCCCGAACUGCUCGCGCACGUUUCCUCCAUCAUGACCCUGGAAAAGGGUGAUGUGUUGCUUACAGGUACGCCCAAAGGUGUCGGUGCGUUGCAAGCUGGCGACCAGGUCAACGCCGGUCUGGCGCUCCCUGGCACGUCCAAGAUCCUCGCACAGCUCCGGCUCGGUGUGGUUGACCGCCAAGGCGGAUUCAUAUUCAAUACAUAA